AUGGGCGUAAUCCUGUUCAUUCUUGUAGAUGCCUACUCCAAAUGGCCAGAAAUCCGCGUUGUCAAAAACAUGUUAGCCUCAACUACCAUAGAUGUUUGUACCGAUAUUUUUGCUCAAUUCGGCUUUCCGGAAGUACUCGUUUCUGACAACGGCGGCACUUACAUUUCUUCAGAAUUCGAAUCAUUCCUAAAACUACACGGUAUUGCUCAUAAAUUCUCUGCACCCCACCAUCCCGCCUCGAAUGGUCAGGCUGAAAGGUUCGUUCAAAUGAUCAAAUUUGCUUUAAAAAAAGUCGACGAUAAAAAGAAUGUGAAUGCUAGUCUAAGGAAAAUAUUAAUCCAAUACAGAAACACACCGCAUAGCACUACCGGUAAAACUCCAGCAGAACUAUUUUUAGGGCGUAAGAUAAGAUGUAAACUGGAUUUGUUGAAGCCAGUAGUAGCCAAAGAACAAGCUAUCAAUGUAAAAGCUUGUAAAUUUUCUAUAAAUCAAAGAGUACUAGUCCGUAAUUACACUAAAAAUAAUAAAUGGGUCUUCGGUAGGAUUCUAGAACACAGGGGCAAUCUGUUAUUCAAAAUUAAAUUAGACGACGGAAGAAUCUGGACUCGGCAUGCUAAUCAAAUCUCUGCUAUAAAAGGUACCUUGAAACAAUGUAAUGACUACGACUACUUCGUACCUGAAUCGGAGCACGUUUCUCUGUAUGAAUCUAACAAUGCCUCCGCAAGCGUGCCCACAACAAACCCAACUAUUGUAAUUAACGAGCCAGAUGCUUCAUCUGAUGAUGCAAGCAAUUCUGGACCUAAGCGUAAAACCAAAAGCCCUAUUCGCUUCCCGGAUUCUGAAAAUUACUUUGGUGAUAAAAGCUCCUAA